AUGCCGCUUGUCUCAAUGCUACGAUGCGCUGGGGCACUCAUAGCCACGGGCAUGGUGUCCUACGCCACCGCCAAGGGACCACCCAAUCGUCCAGGACGUCCUGUUGCCGACUUUGUUUUCCAGAAUGGAUCCAUCUAUACCCUUAACGCGGCAUCGAGCAAGGUCAGCUCUCUGGCCGUCAAGGACGGAGAAAUCAUCUACGUUGGUAACGACGCCAAGGUCGCGCCCCUGAUCGGGAACGCAACGCAGGUCGUGGACCUGGAAGGCCGCAUGGUUAUGCCUGGCUUCGUGGAUCCGCAUAUGCACGUCUUGCAAGCUGGGCAGGAUCUGCUCAAAUGCAACUUCAACUAUCAACGACUCAACGUGGAGCAGAUUCUCGAGCACUUGCAGACCUGUCUCGAUAGCGACCCAGACAGCACUGACGAUGACUGGCUUGACGGCGUUGCCCUCAACUACAUUCCUCUGGCCCUCUCUGGCGAGACGCUUACCAAGGAAGAACUUGACACUUUGAACACAAACCGCCCCGUCUUUGUUCGUUCCAGCGAUUACCAUACCUUUGUUCUCAACUCUCGGGCUCUGGCUCUGUCCAACAUCACUGCGAGCACUCCCAAUCCCCCUGGUGGGAUUAUCGAGCACGUUUCGGGAUCCCAGGAACCAUCCGGAGUGCUCCUAGAUGGCGCCAAUAUUCUCAUUGCUGGGCCUCCGCGGCCUUCCGAAGAGCAGAAUGCCGAUGCCGGCCGCGCUGCGCUCCAGAUUCUACGCGAGAACGGCAUUACAACCUGGCAAGAUGCACUGGCGACCAACGAGCACUGGGGUCCGUGGCAGAUCAUCAAGGAGCAGGGCGAACUUAGCUCGCGCGGGUAUUUUGACUACCGCAUCCAGCCCCCAUCGACGCUGGAAGAGGUUGAUGCGGUAGUCGAUGAGACGGUAGAGUUGCUCGCAUCUCGUAACGACAACACCACCAUCGGUCCCAAUCCAACGCUGAAAUGGCAGUCGAUCAAGGCACUCUUGGAUGGCAUCAUGCCCUAUUCCGCUAGGACGGCCGCCAAUACGGAUCCUUACUGGCUUCCUACCAAUGGUACAAACGGUACUGUAGAGUGGGCGCCUGACCCGGACGAGUUGGCCCGCACGUAUUGGGAGGCCGACAUUCUCUCCAAGACCCUCGGAGGCUUGUUCCUUAAGGGGGUCGACGCGCAGCUGCACACCGACGGUGACAGGGCUGUCCACAUCAGCUUGGAUGCGGCAGAAGACUACCGUAGAGCUCACCCAGACGCACCUCCGAUCCGUCUCGCCCUGGCCCAUGCUUCCUUGACCUUGGAGGAGGACUGGCCGCGCUUUGCCGAACUUGGCGUUGAUGCCGUCUUCAGUUUCCAAUGGUCCCAGCUCGCCCCAAUGUGGGUGCCUGAAACGCUGCUGAGCCUGGGUGAGUACCGGAUGGAUAAUUUGGACGCGUAUGCGCGCAUCGAGGAGGCUGGAAGGCCACCUGUAUAUGGUAGUGACUGGCCUGUCGAUCCUCUUGACAUCUGGUUGGCCCUGAAGGCGGGAGUGACUCGCAGAGGUGACCCGGAGAACCCCAACUCGCCGGCGUCCAUCGGCGAAGACUAUAGGGGCCCCUUCCCUGGUCGCGGCAUCACUCGCGAGUCCGCUCUUCGAGCCAUGACAAUCAACCCCGCCAGACUCCUACGAGCUGAUAAGCAGAUUGGAUCGCUGGAGAAAGGCAAGGUUGCAGAUAUCAUCGUGCUUGAGAAGAACUACUUCGAAGUGCCGGAAGAGGAGUUGGGUCGGAACCGAGUACUCCUCACCAUGGUAGGUGGAGAGGUUGUCUACGUCGAGGAUAGUGCGCAGACGACCUUUGCCCAAGAGAUCACGCCAAAGUUUCCCAACGACAAUGAGGCUGCUGUCAGGAUGGCGCGCAGGUCGCUGGGUGGUGUCGGUGGUAGGAAUCUGGGUGAAGAAGGGCGCGCCGAGAUGGCUAGGCUGAUGAAGCGAGGAGAGUGUGGCCACGGUUCGCACGCGCAUAAGCAUUAG